GCAGGCGCCAUUGUAAACUAUUGUAUGCCUUAGAAAAUAGCAACACAACACGUUUUGGUAUAUAGAUUAGAGACUGACAGACCGACGUGAAGAUAAACUAACAUCAUGUUGCGCUUAGAUGAUUACAGCAAGACGGCCACUGGUAUUCUCGGUGAAAAGCGGGAGACCAUGUUGGAUAAUGAGUUACUUUUGAGGCCACAAUUAGGCCAGACAAUGAGAAGAGGCUACACAAUUCCUGAUGGCUUCACAUUUGGACGUCCAAAUGCUGUUAAAGAUGGAGGAACUGCUGAAGCUAUGACUGGUUGGGCUGGUUCAAUAUCUCUUCCAAUGCCAAGGAAACACGAAAAACAAAGAGGCCGGGAUUUCAUCUCUCUUAACAGAGCAGCACUGAAUGCAGGUCUGACCAAUGCCUCUGACCAGUAUCAAUUCAGAGCAACUCAUGACGUCCGCCUCAAAGCUCAAGAUGAGGACAGGAGCAGAAACAGAACGCGUCGAAUUCCACCUAGCAUGGUGUUUGGAAUCUCUACACGCCCCUCCACCCCAGUCUUCGAGCUGCUAGAACACAAAUACCAAGACAUGUGGCUAGAAGAAAGGAGGCGCAGUGAACUGACCAAGAGAGAAAAAGAACACACAAAGAAACAGACAAAUAAUAAGAUAUACGAAACUCGAGCAUCGCUCCUGCGAACUCAUCAGAUCCCAGUUGACCCUGCUCCUCUUUGGCAGAUGCCUAAAUUCCAGGCCAAGGCUUUACCGCAUCUACAGACCUUCCGCACCGAAAGAAAACGCCGUGAUGCCUUCGACCACCACGCUUCCGACGGUAUUUCAAGGAAGGGAGUCUUCGGCCAUGGAAUUUAUGAGCCAGCCAAGAGCUAAUGGCGCACGCUCUUAAAACUUUAUAUAUAUAUAUAUAUAAAAGACAUUUGUACAUAAACUAAACAAGCAAUGGAAAACUACUAUUUAUUGUUGACUAUACUCAAAUAUUGGUGGUUCCUUUUGGAGACAUUUUUGUAUGGAUUCAAUGGCAACAGUAUUCUUGUCAUACCUGAAUAUAAUUUUUGAGUAUUUUUAUUUCGAUAAAAUAUUUUGCCUAAUGGAAAUAGAAGAAGAAUAAGAAUGUAUUUUGGAUUUUUGUGCCAUUUUUAGGCCUCCACAGGGCUUUAAUCUACGACAUACAGUUUUUUAUAAAUACAUUUUACUCGUCAUAUUGGUUUAUGUUUUGUUCAUUUUAUCCACAAAAAGAUCACAACUGUGAGGUCUAUUUGAAAUCCUAAAUGAUUCUCUUUGUCACGGACAAAUCUUAUCAGACAUUGUUUGGAAAAUAUAUGGUGCACGAAAAUCAAGGUUUAUCUCUACAACCGGAGGGGGAGGUUGAUAGUGCAGAACGUCGCCAUUGGUGAAGUGGGCAAAGUUCAAGAUUUUUGGGACCUUGCCGACACCAUAGACGCUCAGAGCGUUCAUUGAGAUGUGUAUCGGCGUCGAUGGGAGGCGUCCGGCCCGUCCUACCUCUGCUGCGAAAUGCCAUUGUUAAUGUCUCUUUGUACUUGUUUUAUCAGUGGGUCGGAAAUUUCGAACAUUCUGAUAAGUGCCCAGAGAACCUGAACUAAUGGAUACAGCCCUUGUGUUAUUUUUGUUUGUUCAAUGUAUCCGACUUGUUGAACGUGUGUUUUCGGAAGCAUUUCAGAUCUCAGCGGACUUUUAAAAGAGAAAGUUCACAUUGUGUAUAAUUCGAUGUAUAUGUCAUUGUAAAUAAA